UCUAAGAUUUGACAAAUUCUAUUGCAGUCACACUGGCCGGCUGUCGGAAUUUAACAAAUAUUUAUGGGAAUCAAUUAGUAAAUUAUAAUUGCAAAAACAAGAGCAUUAGUGAAUUAAGAGUGAAGCAAGUAAACCGCAACUGUCCGUCGAAAUGUCCAACCUUAUACAACAAAGCUUGCCAUUGACAUCGGCCCGUUCGCCAUUGUUGCAGUUUCUGCGCUAUCGCGGCAAGAUCAAUAUUCAGCGACCCAAGGAGCCGCAUUAUGAACGUGCACGAGUCAUUGCAGUAACACAACCUAAAUACCCGGAGCCUCCGAAGGCAAUAACCUGCUUUCAAUCACGAGCCCAACGCACAGGAACACAGCUGGAAAACCCCUACAAUGCGAUUGUGGCCCGUGAAGUGCUCAACUGGCUGAAUCACUCGCGACUCGCGGCCGUCUUUCACUUGAACUCCAUCAACGCUGACGAGAUAUUUCGUGUUCGCGUCCAGUUGCAUAAACAGAACAUGCAUUUGAAGAGUUACGGUCGUAAGAUCAUUGGACAGGCUGUCACCGGCACAGCGUAUGAGGCCAUUCUGCCGCUGUUUCACUCGAAUCACUGUAUUGUGUUCUCGCCUAAUCCGCAGCAGAUUGGUGCUCUGCUGCGCAUCACACGCAAAGUGCCGCAAAUGGUGUUGUUGGGUGGCAUUGUGGAAAGCAAGUUGCUCAGUCGCAAUGAUCUGAUGGACUUUGCAAAGAUGCCCAGUCUGCAAGUUGCGCAAGCGCAGCUAGUGCAGACGUUGAAUCAAGCCGCCGGUACUGUGGUGCAACAGUUGCAGGCGCAUCAAUGCAAUCUGGUUAAAGUGCUGGACGUGCACGCCAAGGGCGAAUCAUCCUCGACGGAGGAGGCGACGUAACUUGUAAUUGUUUUCUUUUUAUUUAAUAAUAAUAAUAACAGCAAAUAA